AUGCGGCCACAUCAAACCUGGGUUGGGACGCUGCCCCUGCUGACCUGUCUCUCUACCCCAACUUUGGCUACCAAAGACGUCGAGAUCUUAGAAAAUGCUAAUCACAUCUUCAACGCCAUCCAGUCGACAUUGAGACACCACGGAUCGGAGAUCAACUACAACGGCAUGUCGUUUUACCGAGCCAGCGUGCCAAAAGGAACUCAAUUUUACCACGGCACCGGUCUGAAAGACUCAAUUCAAGGACUUGAGUGGCUGGCUUUCGAGCCCGAGCACUCCCUAGGCUUUGCCCACUGCAGUGGCAACAAGUUCGCAAAGAAGGACUUACAGCAGCCCCUCGACGACUAUACAGCACCAGAAUGGGAUGGAAACGGGUAUCUUCAUACCUAUGCCGCUGCCAAGGAUUUGCGCUUGCUGUACAUCGAUGGGAUGUCGGCUGGGCCAGGAGGUGGAGCAGAAUCCCAGGAUCGCAUUCUAUACAACAACACCAUCACUGGUGAGCUGCCGAUAGAUGGCCCCAAAAUUGGAGGACCGCCCCAAGAGCAGCAGCGGGCGAUCGAGGCUUGCCGCAUGGCGAAGGAGGACUGGGGUGACAAGAUCGAUGGCAUUGUACGCACCGAAGGUGAUUUUGAAAUCAUUCUCUGUAACUUUGAGCGCGACCUUGAAGUGGUGCAUAUCAUUCAGACGAAGCCCCAAGAGAAUUCGGGUCGUCCAGGUGGACCUGGUGGGCCUGGAGGUGGAAAAGGACGAAAGGGUCAGCAUGGUGGUGGUCCUGGCGGACCCCCCGGAGGACCUCGGUCAGGUAUCAAGUACUGGUCCUUGGCUACCAGAUUCGAUGAACGCCUAGGAAAGAAAGUGAGAAUAGACUUGGACAACUUCGUUUCAGCUUAUACUUAUGGCCUUGACCUCUUUCCUAACAAUGCCACUGUUCCGAAAGUGGGCCAUAUACCAGUUGAAGAGUUGCACCCCAUUCGACAGGACGUCUACAAACUGCUCAACACCUGGGAUUCACCUAUCGAUACAUUCGAUUGGCAGGCUGUGGCCGAUAUGAUUGUUUUCCAGUAUUCCGAUGAGCUGAAAAACCUGGCUGCAGGAACCUAUUCGUCGGCGGAAGAGCUGCGAGAUCACCUCGAGAAGCUGUUGGAGCCUUUCAUCGAUUACCGCGACUUUGAUAACGGUGAGGUCAUUAUCAACCGCUGUGCCGGUGAAUGGAUUCCUCUUUCGGCUCCCGUUGGCUCACUGGGUGGCAAUGCUGUACGAUCCAUCGCCCGAUCGGUCUGCUCUACCUUGGUUUCCGCGAUGAUGGAUGAUGAAAAAGACCUAGAGGUUUUAAUUACGAGCUUCAAAGACCUAAUCAUCUACCUUCAAUGGACGACCUGGGCAGCGGAUGCAUAA